UUUACUUAAAACAACCAAGCGUGGUCGUUCUGCCAUUCCGUUCCAUUCUUCCUCUCCUCUCUCAACCCUACCCUCUCCUCUCUCAACCGCCGCAACGAUGACGACGCCGCGCGCCUCCAUUUUCAGCCCCUCCGCGUCUGUAAUUCCAGACCACGAUUCAGUCGAGAAUGAGAAGGAUUUUGCUUCACCGUUAAAGAAAUUCAAAGUUGACAAGGAUUUAGUAGGAGAAGAGCACACCACUGAUUCCGAAGCUGCUGCCAAUGAACUUAUCUCCUUGGAGGCUUUCAAAAUCUGGUGCAAAGUGUAUGGAAAAGAAUACCGUGACGAGAAGGAGAAACAAUCGAGGUUCCAAAAUUUCAAGAGGUCUCUUGAGACCGAGACCCCCUUCAUCCCAGGUGCUCUGACUUUUCCGAGUUUGGCUGAUCAAACCGAAAAAGAAUUUCAGGAGUUUUGUGAAAAACAUGACCUGCAGAAAUAUGACCAGCCGAUGAAUAAUAGUAUAUCCAUCAAACACAUCAUAUAUCUCAGAAACAAGUAUCUAAUCUCAGAAGUUGAGAAUGAGAAGGAAGAUUUAGUAGGAGAAGAAGACAACACUCCCGUUCCAAUGUCACUAGGUUCCGAAGCUGCUGCUGCCAAGGAACUUGACUUCUUCGAGGCUUUCAAAAUCUGGUGCAAAGUGUAUGGAAAAGAAUACGCUGACGAGAAGGAGAAACAAUCGAGGUUCCAAAAUUUCAAGAGGUCUCUUGAGACCGAGACCCCCUUCAUCCCAGGUGCUCUGACUUUUCCGAGUUUGGCUGAUCAAACCGAAAAAGAAUUUCAGGAGUUUUGUGAAAAACAUGACCUGCAGAAAUAUGACCAGCCGAUGAAUAAUAGUAUAUCCAUCAAACACAUCAUAUAUCUCAGAAACAAGUAUCUAAUCUCAGAAGUUGAGAAUGAGAAGGAAGAUUUAGUAGGAGAAGAAGACAACACUCCCGUUCCAAUGUCACUAGGAUCCGAAGCUGCUGCUGCCAAGGAACUUGACUUCUUCGAGGCUUUCAAAAUCUGGUGCAAAGUGUAUGGAAAAGAAUACGCUGACGAGAAGGAGAAACAAUCGAGGUUCCAAAUUUUCAAGAGGUCUCUUGAGACCGAGACCCCCUUCAUCCCAGGUGCUCUGACUUUUCCGAGUUUGGCUGAUCAAACCGAAAAAGAAUUUCAGGAGUUUUGUGAAAAACAUGACCUGCAGAAAUAUGACCAGCCGAUGAAUAAUAGUAUAUCCAUCAAACACAUCAUAUAUCUCAGAAACAAGUAUCUAAUCUCAGAAGACAACACUCCCUUUCCAACCCAUCUCUAUUGAUCCUGAAGUUCAAUUCGUUGAAGAAAGCUCUUUUGAGGACCACCCGCAAGUCGUGCUAGGAGUUUUUCGGGUUUGGCUGAUCGAACUGGAAAAGAAUUUAAUGAGUUUAGAGAAUUUCAUGCGUGUUGAGAUUAUGUCUAAGUAGCUGUUUGAAUUUCAAUUUUAAGUUGUAAGUUUGACCCUUUUUAAUUAAGGUUGAAUAAGUCCUUUUAAUGUGAAUCCAGCUGACACCCCAGAGCACAAAUGGAUCACCCUUUUUAGCUUGCCUCACUUAGUGUGAUAAGAAGACUUUUGUGGUUGUUCUUAAUAGUCAUCGAACAAGUUAUGAUUUUAAUUUUAUUUUACAUGUUGUGAGACCA